AUGUCUGCCAGUGCUUCUGCUCCUGCUGAACCACGCCGUGAACGUCGCCCUUCUGUUGGCGCACCCAUUGCGGAUCUUCAAGGUCCAGUGGGACCGGGAUUUAGCCGCCCGAAGCAUAAGCGGACAUUUACUGGGUUUGGAGCUUCGGAGAUUAAGAGCGUUGAAGCUAGUAUCCCAGAACCCCUGCGAGAGGCAUGGCGCAAUCAUUCCGCUUCGGAGUUCAAGACUAAGGAGGAAUUCGAGAAAGAACUCGUCCGCCACAUCGAAACCACAUUGGCUCGAUCUCUUUACAAUUGUGACGAACAUGCGGCUUAUUCCGGUACAGCUCUUGCGUUCAGAGACCGAUUGAUCAUCGAAUGGAACAAGACACAGCAGCGUCAGACUUUAACCGACCAGAAGAGGGUCUACUAUCUGUCUCUCGAAUUUUUGAUGGGUCGUGCUCUGGACAAUGCGAUGCUUAAUGUGGGACAGAAAGACUCUGCUCGAGAGGGACUGAAGGACCUUGGUUUCCGUAUUGAGGACGUCAUUAAUCAAGAACAUGAUGCUGCUCUCGGAAAUGGUGGUCUUGGACGUCUCGCAGCUUGCUUUUUGGACAGCAUGGCGACCCUUAACUAUCCAGCCUGGGGGUACGGCUUGCGAUACCGCUAUGGAAUCUUUAAACAAGAAAUUGUUGAUGGAUACCAGGUAGAAAUCCCCGACUACUGGCUUGAUAAUAACCCUUGGGAAUUCCCGCGGCACGAAAUCACGGUCGACAUUCAAUUCUAUGGUCGUGUGAACAAUAUUCAAGAUGCGAAUGGUAAGAUCGUGCACUCCUGGGAAGGCGGCGAAAUCGUCCAGGCUGUCGCCUACGAUGUGCCGAUCCCUGGGUUCGGUACCAAGACAACAAAUAACCUGCGACUCUGGUCGAGUAAGGCCAGCAGUGGAGAAUUUGAUUUCCAGAAAUUUAAUGCCGGUGACUAUGAAAGUGCUGUGGCGGACCAACAGCGGGCAGAGACCAUCUCGGCUGUCUUGUACCCCAACGAUAAUCUGGAGCGAGGUAAAGAGCUCCGCUUGAAGCAACAAUACUUCUGGUGCGCUGCUUCUUUGCAUGACAUUGUUCGGCGAUUCAAGAAAACCAAUCGAGCAUGGAGCGAAUUCCCCGACCAGGUCGCUAUCCAGCUCAAUGACACUCACCCCACUCUGGCUAUCGUUGAGCUUCAACGCAUCUUGAUUGAUCUUGAAGGCCUCGAAUGGGACGAGGCUUGGAACAUUGUGACCAAAACCUUUGGAUACACCAACCACACUGUGCUUCCGGAGGCUCUGGAGAAAUGGUCUGUUCCUCUGGUUCAGAACCUGCUCCCGCGACACCUGCAGAUCAUCUAUGACAUAAAUCUCUACUUUUUACAGUCCGUUGAGAAGAAGUUCCCCAAUGACCGUGAGAUCCUAUCGCGUGUCUCCAUCAUUGAAGAGUCGCACCCCCAAAUGGUGCGGAUGGCUUAUUUGGCGAUCAUUGGAUCCCACAAAGUCAACGGUGUCGCCGAGCUGCACUCCGAUCUCCUCAAGUCAACUCUGUUCAAGGACUUCGUCGCUAUUUAUGGCCCAGAUCGUUUCAUGAAUGUGACAAACGGUGUCACUCCCCGGCGUUGGCUGCACCAAGCCAACCCUGCUCUCUCAGCUUUGAUCGCAAAGAAGCUUGGUGGCCAUGAGUUCUUGACCGAUCUCACUCUGCUGGACAACUUGGAGAGCUUUGUGGAUGACAAGGAGUUCCGCGCAGAAUGGUCCAACAUUAAGACGCAAAACAAGAUUCGCCUGGCCAAUUUCAUUCAGCAGACUACUGGAUACAAGGUCAACCCAACUUCUCUGUUUGAUGUACAGGUCAAGCGUAUCCACGAGUACAAGCGCCAGCAGCUCAACAUCUUUGGAGUCAUUCACCGGUAUCUGACUCUGAAGGCGAUGUCCGCGGAAGAGAGGAAGAAGGUGGUGCCUCGUGUCUCCAUCAUUGGUGGCAAGGCUGCUCCUGGCUACUGGAUGGCUAAGACCAUCAUUCAUUUGAUCAACAAGGUCUCCACGGUGGUGAAUCAAGACGCUGAUAUUGGUGACCUCUUGAAGGUGAUCUUCAUUGAGGACUACAAUGUCAGCAAGGCAGAAAUCAUCUGCCCCGCCUCUGAUAUCAGUGAACAUAUCUCCACUGCUGGUACGGAGGGCAGUGGUACCAGUAACAUGAAGUUUGUGAUGAACGGAGGCCUGAUCAUUGGCACUUGUGACGGAGCCAACAUUGAAAUCACACGCGAAAUCGGCGAGCAGAAUAUCUUCCUCUUCGGAAACCUGGCUGAAGAUGUUGAGGACCUUCGUCAUCGUCACUUCUAUGGCGAUUUCCAGGUUGAUCCUCACCUUGCUAAGGUGUUUGAGGCCAUCAAGGGCGGUAUGUUCGGCGAUGCUAAGAACUUUGAAGCUCUCAUCUCGUCCAUUGUUGAGCAUGGUGAUUACUAUCUUGUCUCUGAUGACUUCAACUCGUACAUCACUACCCACGGGAUGGUUGACGAAGCAUUCAAGAAUCAAGAUGAGUGGCUUGCGAAGUCCAUUACCAGCGUCGCCCGCAUGGGAUUCUUCUCUACUGACCGCGUUAUUAACGAGUAUGCGGACAGUAUCUGGAAUGUUGAGCCUCUUAACGUCAAAGAAUAA